AUGGCAAUUCACUACCUGAUCCUACUCUCUCGCCAGGGGAAAGUGCGCCUUGCAAAGUGGUUUACCACCCUCUCGCCCAAAGAGAAGGCCAAGAUCAUCAAGGAUGUGACUCAACUUGUGCUAUCGCGCCGGACGCGGAUGUGCAAUUUCCUUGAAUACAAAGAUACCAAAGUCGUCUACCGCCGAUAUGCCUCCCUCUUUUUCAUCGCCGGCUGCGCCUCGACCGAUAACGAGCUGAUCACCCUCGAGGUCGUGCACCGAUACGUCGAGCAGAUGGACAAGUACUACGGAAACGUGUGCGAGUUGGAUAUCAUCUUCAAUUUCCAGAAGGCGUACUUCAUCUUGGACGAAUUAUUGCUGGCAGGCGAGAUGCAGGAGAGCAGCAAGAAGAACGUGCUGAGGUGUAUCAGCCAGCAGGACAGUCUGGAGGAUAUGGAGUUCCUACCUCUUCCCGAAUUUGAAGACGUGACGAGCUCGCUGAAUUUCGACACGGCCGACUGCCACAUUGUUGGGGGCUGUGAGCUGUACAUAACCAAAGCACCGCGAUCGGAUCGAAAGCUUUACAAGAAUAUCGAACAAUCGCUAGAGGCUCAAUAUGAGUCUGUCCUUCGUUUAUCAGCAUCGCUGUCUCCUCCUGCCGCGUCUGAUGCGGCCGCAUCCCUGAACCUAUCCCGAUCGAGCCCAUUUGGACCCCUGAGCGAUCAUUCGAGUCGACGAACUUUCGCGUACCUGAUAGCAACUCUGAACGCCAGCCACCCAGACUACGACUUCUCACAUGUUUUGCGCCCUACGGAUUUCCAUCACGAGAAACAUCUGAAGAGGGUGAUGAACACGAUCGACUCGACGCUGUUUAAUCUCCGUCCACGCGAAACCCUUGGUCUUACACCCCCGUCGCCGACCGCAGUCUCAGGAUCAUACAACUCGGAAGCCUCCGCCACAUGGGGUCGGAGGAUGUGGAAGAUCUUGGACGAACAGUUAUCUCUUAGGGAGUGCAGCAUCUACUCGUACUCACCGGAUGAGGACCCAUCGGAUGCGGACGAUGGAGCGAUAUGGAGCCUCCACUACUUUUUCGUCAGCCAUACGCGGAAGCGCGUCUGCUACCUGUACGUCAAAGCGAUUCCGAUUCUCAGUCACACUCCCAGCGACGGUUUCGCUACGCCCAUGUCGAAGAGAACCUUCGAUGAUGGUCUUCUUACGCCCAACCUUAGUACGAGCAAGCGUGCCAAGUAUUGGUUUGGUGAUGAUGUGGAGGUUGAAAGUGAUAGUGACGUGGAGAACAAGCCUCAAGCGAUGCGCCCCGGCGGCGAUGAGUUCGACAACUAUCUUAUGAGCGACGAGGACUUCCGUUCCCGAUCCGGCAGCAAGGGCACGGAACCGGGUGGCCCGUGCGGGACGGGGAAAGCUGUCCUCCCUGGUAUCGCAUAUCAACCAGCCCACAUCACCAACCCACACUCCUCCCCUCACGAAUUGCCUACUGUCACUGUCAAAACUAUGGCCGACGAAGAAGAGCGCCUAAAGGCCGAGAAGCUCGCAGCGGCUAAGAAAAGGGUCGCCGCACUCCAAAAGAAGAAGAAGGCAGGCAAAAAGGGCACCGCAUCAGAUUCAGCAUCUACAGCAAAGGAGGCAGAAACAACGGAGACAGAAACCCCGGCUGCACAAGCAGAGACACCGGAACCAGAACAGUCAGAACCGGCCGUGAAACCAGAACAACCGGGUGAUGAAGCCGCGAAAAUAACAGAGACGUCGUUCGAAACAGAUGGAGGAGAGUUAGCGGUACCAGCGGAAGAGCAAGCAGCGCAGUCGCCGAGCACGGAAGAGAGGAACGAGGAGGAGCCAUCAGAACCAAUGCCCGACCUUCCGACGUCUACAGAAGAAACAAGCACAGCUGAAUCCGGGAAACUUGAUACGCCAACACCGCGCGCCGGACACACCCGCCAACCCUCCCUCUCCAUCCAAUCGAAGAUGCGCUCGUCGUCUUUCCGGAAGUCCGUGUCGCAGGGUAGUGGUGCCGGCGGCCAGUCUGUAUCUCCGUCCGCAAUGCUGAAGUCGCCGUCAUUGCCGCCGCUGAGUGCGGAUGGAGAAGCGGUGCAGGAGGUAUACAGGAAGCAGUCCGGGCGGAUUGAAGAGCUGGAGAAGGAGAACAAGCGAUUGGAGAGGGAGGUGGAGGAAUUCAGUGCGAGGUUUAAGAAGACGGAGGAUCAAUUGGAGGAAUUGCGCGAGGCGAAUGUGGAUGUCCCGGAGUUGAAGGAGAAGCUGCGGGUUGCCGAGGAAAAGGUUGAGGGAGUUGAGGAGUUGAAAGCGGAAAUCGCGUCUCUCCAGAGACAACUUCAAACACGCGCACACCGCAGUAACGCCAGCAUAUCUGUCUCCCCGCCGACGGAAUCACCACCAACAGACCUCAUGCAGCAACUCGAGUCCAAGUCCGCGGCAGUGGAAGCUAUGGAACUAGAGAUCUCCAAUCUCCGCGUUCAAGUCACCGAGAAAUCCACGCUCGAAACUCAGAUAACCGCACUAGAGCAGAAGCUCUCGCAAUGCGAGUCCUCCCUUGAACAAUCCCAGCGCGAACUCACAGACGCCAAAACCGCGCUCACCCACGCCUCUGAGAAGGCUGUUAAAGAGGGUGCCGACAAAACCUCCACCGAGACUCUGAUCAAGACCCUACAGCGCGAGAUCGAGGAACUGAAACAGGAGAAGACAGAAGCGGAAAAGAAGAUCGACACCCUGGAAAAGAAACUUCAGGCCAUGAGCAACCUGCACAAGGAAUCCGAAGCCCGGCAUCAGACUCGCCUCCGGGAGAGCGAGAAGGCCGAAAAGGAAGCCGCCUCCCUGCGCAAGAAGUUAGCUAGCACAGAGAACGAGAACCUCCGCCUCAAAGAAGAACAGGAGACGCUCCGUAAGCGCGAAGCUACAGCGAGCGGAGGCGCAGACGACGACGCCCUGGACGAACUCGAAGACGAAGAGCGCUCCCGGCUCCAACGCCGAAUCCGCGAGCUCGAAGGUGAAGUCUUCGAUCUUCGCCGCGGCGCCUGGCAAGAGAAGCGCCAGGAACUACAGCCCGGGCCAGACGCAUAUGCUCCCGACUCUGGCAAUGACUACGACAACUACAACCCCGACGCCGCGGCUGCAAACGCCUUUGACGAUGUCGACCUCAUCGGCGGCAGCCCCGAGCACUCGCGGCGCCGCAGCAUGGCCCAGAGACAGCAACACUCCUCCUUCUCCGCUGUCCUCUCAAGCGGCAUCGCUGCGCUCACGGGCUCAAAUUCUCCCUUCUACUCCCAAUCUCACUCCCAGUCUCCCUCGCAAACACACGGCCACCAUGCACCAGCUGCGCGUGGAUCCCUCGAACUCCUUUCCGAAGAGAAUCUCGAAGAUGAAUUUGACGAGGCGGAGUUUGCGCGCGCGCAGGCUGAAGAGGAGGCACGGAAGCGGGUGGAAUGGGUAAGGGAGAUCAAGAAGCAGUUGAGGGAUUGGAAGGGGUGGAGGCUCGACCUUGUUGAUAGUCGGGCUGGGGCGGAGGGUGCUGGUGUUGGAAUGGGCGAGAUCUUCCAGAUUUAG